AAAGCCUUGCCAUUGUCUUCCUUCAGCAAGUUUACUUCUUUUCAUUUUCUUUUCGUUUGGUUGAAAAUCCAAAAUGGGUGUCAACUCUAAUAGAGUUGAAGAUUUCUCUUCCCGUGAAACUACACUUAGAAUCUCCGCUAAUGAAGCAGUAAUGCCAUCUAUAGAAAUACACAGCGUUUGUUUGCCACCCCAACAAACCACCUUUCAGAAACUGAAACAAAGGCUUGGUGAGAUCUUCUUUCCGGAUGAUCCCCUUUACAAGUUCAAGAACCAAACAUGGCCUAAGAAACUGCUUUUGGGUCUUCAAUUCUUCUUUCCCAUCUUUCAAUGGGGUCCUGAGUAUAAUCUCAGGCUUUUAAGGUCUGAUAUCAUCUCUGGUCUCACCAUUGCCAGUCUAGCAAUCCCACAGGGUAUCAGUUAUGCAAAACUUGCAAAUUUGCCACCAAUAGUUGGUCUAUAUUCAAGCUUUGUGCCUCCAUUGAUAUACUCAAUUCUUGGGAGUUCUAGACACCUUGCUGUUGGUCCUGUCUCUAUAGCAUCACUGGUGAUGGGUUCGAUGUUAAGUGAGGCAGUGUCUCCUACAAAUGAUCAAAUUCUUUAUCUGAAAUUGGCAUUUACUGCUACUUUCUUUGCUGGAGUAUUUCAGGCUUCUCUUGGUCUACUAAGGUUAGGCUUUGUUAUUGAUUUUCUCUCAAAGGCUACUCUUAUUGGAUUUAUGGCUGGGGCAGCCAUUAUUGUCUCGUUGCAACAGUUAAAAGGGUUGCUUGGAAUUGCUCACUUUACUAGCAAGAUGCAAUUUUUUGCUGUCAUGUCCUCUGUUUUUCAUAACAGAAAUGAGUGGUCCUGGGAAACAAUUGUUAUGGGCUUCAGUUUCCUGGUGUUUCUAUUAAUAACAAGGCGUAUUAGCAUGAAGAACCCAAAGCUUUUUUGGGUAUCAGCAGCAGCACCAUUAACAUCAGUUAUAAUCUCAACCCUUCUAGUAUUCUGCCUCAAAUCAAAGAUUCAUGGAGUCACCACUAUUGGUCAUCUGCCAAAAGGCUUGAAUCCACCUUCUGCAAAUAUGCUAUAUUUUAAUGGUUAUCAUCUAGCACUAGCUAUCAAAACUGGCAUUGUAACUGGAAUUCUCUCUCUAACUGAAGGAAUUGCUGUAGGCAGAACAUUUGCUGCUAUUAAGAACUACCAAGUUGAUGGCAACAAAGAAAUGAUGGCUAUAGGUGUUAUGAACAUGGCUGGUUCUUGUUCUUCAUGUUAUGUUACAACAGGGUCAUUUUCGCGAUCUGCAGUCAACUACAAUGCUGGAGCACAGACUGCGGUUUCUAACAUUAUAUUGGCUUCAGCUGUUCUUAUAACCCUGCUAUUUCUGAUGCCACUGUUUUACUACACUCCCAAUUUCAUCUUGGCAGCCAUCAUUAUAACAGCUGUGAUUGGACUAAUAGAUUACCAGGCUGCAUAUCAUCUGUGGAAAGUUGACAAGCUUGAUUUCUUAGCUUGUUUAUGCUCCUUCGUUGGUGUACUUUUCAUUUCAGUGCCUUUAGGUCUUGCAAUAGCAGUUGGAGUUUCAGUAUUCAAAAUUCUACUGCAUGUGACUAGACCAAAUACAGCAACAAUGGGAAACAUACCAGGAACCCAUAUAUACCAGAGCCUUAAUAGAUACAGAGAAGCUCUAAGAGUUCCUUCAAUUCUCAUACUCGCUAUAGAAUCCCCUAUCUACUUUGCAAAUUCUACUUACCUCCAAGAGAGGAUAGCAAGAUGGAUUCGGGAGGAAGAAGAGAGGAUUAAAGCAAAUAAUGAAAGUGCGCUUAAAUGUAUAAUUUUGGAUAUGACAGCUGUGACAGCCAUAGACACAACUGGUAUCGAGUUAUUAUCUGAAUUAAGAAAGAUGCUAGAGAAAAGGAGCCUUCAGCUUGUGUUGGCAAAUCCUGUUGGAAGUGUAAUAGAAAAGUUACAGAAAUCUGGAAAAUUGGAUUCAUUCGGAUUAAAUGGAGUCUAUCUUACAGUUGGAGAAGCUGUAGACGAUCUUUCGGCCUUAUGGAAGUCUCAAGCAUGAGUUUCCAGAGGACUUGGAAGUAGGAAAAUGGAAAGAAAUGAAAAAAUGACUGACCCUUUGUUUCAGAAUAUUUCGGGCUUAGAUAGGAAGAGCUAUAGUAAAGAGAGGAAUUUUCUUUUCUUUUCUUUUACUAUUUGCAAGGAAAUCGAUGCAAUGAAAACAUUGCUUCUCUUUCUUUUCCAUUAGAAUAGAUCAAAACUAAGCUCUUCCUGGAAGAGAUUUUGAAGUUCAGUUUCAUUUUACUCUGAUUGUGUACAUGUUUAUCUACUGGAAUCUCUACAAACAAUUUUAGAUUUUGAGUUCAUGACAUUGAAAUGUCUAUGAAGUCAAGAAAUUCAAAACCCUCCAAUUUGUAGGUAAAAUCAUGUUCUCAAUUUCACCUUUGAUUAUAAAGUUCACACGGUUGAGUUGUCA